CAUCAUCGGUGUGCGACGGCGACGUCGCCAUGGUGAAGCUGCCCGCGGCGCGGUGCACUGUGGGCCCGGCGGCGCCGCGCUGAGGCGGCUCUCGGCGGUGCCAAGCGCGGCCAUGGCCUUCCCGGGGCACCGGCCGCAGCUGUUCCACUGGCGGCGCCUCACGGCCGAAGCUGGAGCGACGCCAAAGUUUGACUCUGACAAUGUGGAGCGCUGGAUCAAGAGAGUGGAGCAAGCCUCUGAAUAUGCAGUCUCUGAAGCUUUUUCCAUUCAAAAGCCAAGUUAUCUACAAGGGCUUUGUGGUCCUGUGAUGAAUCUGGAAAGCAUGGAGCAGCUGCAAGAUCAUGAUGAGGCCUAUGAGGAAGCUCAAGAACUGCUCAGUAACUGGAUAAAGUCCAAACUGCAACUGGAGUUGAUGAGUGAUGGCGAAGAGGAAGCUGGCUCUGUCCUCCUGGAACAGCCUUCCGCAGCCUUUCUUAAGUACCAGCGGUUUGAUGACUUGUGCAGCUAUCUGGAACACGAACUGGCAAGUUCUUCUGUCCAAGAAUACCUACAGCAUCUUUUGCAGAGUAAAGUGGUAGACUGUGGGAUAGUGGAAGACCUGAGAACUGAAGACAUCAAGGAAAAAGAAAAACCUGCAGAUCCACGAAUAACCAUGGAGCUCAGACACAAGCAGGUGAAAGAAAAUCGAGUGAAGUAUCAGAAGGCAUUAGAGCUUCAGAGACAAGAAAAGGCCCUUAAAAAAUCAGUUCUGUUUGAGGCCAAGCAGAGAGCACAGGAGGAAGACAGAAGGAAGGCCCUGAAGGCCAAGAAGGAGGAAGAUGCGAUCCAGAGGGAGAUGGUGAAGCUGCGAAAGGAAAUGGCUGAGAAGAGACAUGUCAUGGCAGAAGCAUGGAGAAUGGAAGGGAAAAGACAAGAGAAAAGUCAGAAGCUGUCAAUGCAGGAGGUAUCUAUUACUUUGCCACUGCCCCUGGACUUGAAGAAAGAAGAGCAAGGAAAGGAAAAACAGAGAAAGGUUCAGGAGCUGCUGAGUAGAAUUCACACCGAUAACCAGAAAUGCCUGCAACGACAUUUCUCUGCUUGGUUCAAACUCAUUCUGGAACACAGAAUUAAAAUGGGAAAAGCCAGAGCCUUUGCUGACUGGAAACGCCAACUGAAGGCCCUGCGAGCCUGGAGAAACUAUAACUGGGCCCAGAAAGUGGAGCGGGAAACACAGCAAUUAGAAGUUCAUCUCCAAGAUCAAAACAGGAAAAAACAACUGUCUGCGGAGCAUAACCAGCGACGGCUUUUGCACUCCUGCUUUCUGGCAGGGCAGCACUGGAGCCAAGGAGAGGCAGAAAAGCGAGAGCUGCAGAUCAAGAGAGGGGAGACAAAGAGAAAGAUGGCACAGCUGCUGGAGGCAGUGUCACUGGGAAAGGGUGGCCAGGAUGGGCCACCAGAGGUUAGCAAGACUAGGACAGCAAAAAUGAGUCAGAAUCAACAUUUGCAGCAAGAUAAGUCAACUGAAACCUGCCUCAUACAGGGAGACCUGGACCAUGCUAGAGACUGCUCUUGUUGGGAUGCUUCUUACACAGCUCAUCCUCUUUCCCACAGAAAAAACAAGUUUGCCUGGCAGAUUACCUUAAAACAUGCAACCCUGAGUGCCCAGGACCUGGCUGCGUGCAGGAAUCAAAUAGCCGGUCUCCCGCAGCAGUUUCAGGCACCUAGGACAAAGAGUGCCCCUGCUUAUGGUAGUUGUUUUGAGCACCGUCAUGCCUUCCAGCAACAACUGAUUGAGGAGCAGAGGCGGCAGCUUCAGGAACAGCAAGAGCUGAUCCUUGAACUGCAGGAAAAUCAGAGACUGAGCAGAGCUAAAGAAGAGGUAGUACAAGCCACAGCUGUCACCCUAGCAUUUAACAACCCUGUCUCACAAAACAGGGAGGAAAACCUGAAGAGGAGAAAACAGUCUGACUGCAAGAAUACAAGCCCUUUGAGCCUACCUGUUUCUCAUGGGCCAGAAAACACAGGGGCAGGGACCCAAAGCAGGAGGCCCUCCAGCCGGUUGACCUCAGCUCAUCCCAUACUGAAAGCUAUGGAGGAGAGAGCAAUUCAGCGGGCGGAACGGAGGAGAAAACUGGAAGAGGCCAAACAACAGAGAGAAGAGGAAAAACUGGCCCAGCUGAAGGCUAAAGAGGAAGCACAUCAGAGGAAGGAGGCUGAGGAAAAGAAAGUGCAGCAGGAGAAAAGACAAGAGGAAAGGAGGCAGCAGAAGCUGAAAGAACUGGAAAAGCAGAGAAGGCUGGAGAAAGAGCAGCAGCUCCAGAAAAAGGCAAGCGAUCACUAUGAGAAGGUGCUGCUGAGAAAGUUGGGAUUGCUGCCAUGGAAGAGACUGAGGGAAGAAGCCAAGAAAAAUCUGAUGGUUGCACAAAGGCACCAUUGCUUGGACCUGCAGAAGAAGUGCCUGAUGGCUUGGCUCCAGCACACCCAGAACAGCCUCAUGGAGAAGGUGUCUCGGGCUGAGGACUUCUAUUCCCUCACAUUGCUCAGAAUGGGCUUCAGGAACUGGCUAAAGUACAAAGAGUAUCUUUCCACACUGGAGGAGAGAGUGAGUACCCUCCAUACAGCCUACCUGAAGAAGAAGUACUUCUGGGCAUGGUUUGAUCUGAUCAUGGAGGAAAAAAGCACAUUAUGGGAGGAGCUGAAGAUUGCUACUGAACAUAGUAACAAGAGACUCAUGCUGAGCACAUUCAAGGCUUGGAGGCAGUACCCAUUACUGAUGAAAAAGGAAAGAGAGAAAGAGGAGAGGAAGAAUCAGCUACGGAGGAGAGUAGCUGAAAUUCUCCCAGACUUCCAAACAUGACAGAAGACUGUGAGCACUGGGAAGAGACAAAAGGAUACACUGUUCAGUGCUACCUUCCUACUGACUGAAACAAACCCAAGGGGAAGCCCUGUCUGAUGCUAAGGGUAGCUCUACACCUGAGGGAAGUUCUCUGUGACCUCUGCAGUUGUCAAACUUGGUCAGACUAAACUGACGAUAUAUGGAAACUUGCCUGUUGGUUUCACUCUGCACUUGGUCUCCAGGGAGGCCUCCCAGUGCAAAGUCUCCCUAGGAAUGCCUUGGCUCAUGGUAGUGAGCAGUGCUGGGGCCUAGGUAACCAAAGCCCAGUGUGGGGUGUGUUUCAGGCCAAGUGCGCUUCCACACAUGGGGCUGUGGCACUGACACCAAUCUGCCUUUUUCAUAGGAAGCACAGAACUGAAACACACCUAUUUUUUCUUAAGCAGUAACCUGGUGUUUUUCUGUUACCAGUCCUCAGUAGGUGAAGGCUUGAUCAGAGAGUGAACAGACUUCCUUGUCAGCUGACCCCUGCUAAACCCUACAGUGAACUUGGCCACACAGUGAACAGGUUAUAGCCAACUGUGCCAGGAAGUUUGGUUGGGAGGAGGAGAGGGAAGAGCUGUUUAUCCAAAUAAUAUUUGCUAAUGGUCCAGGUCACAGCAUCCAUACAUGGACAAUCUAAAACCUGGAUGCUUUUUUGAGGGAGAGUCACUUGCAGUGCUGGCCAGCUCACAAGCAUAGUGCUUCUCUACUUUUGGUGACAAAGUGUAGUUCCAAACUUAAGAUCCUCUAUCGUCCUGUCACUUAAACUUUUUCCAGACAUGCUGCCUGUAGGAUUUAAGAAUGUAUUGUGUAAGUCAGAUUUGGCCUUUUUGCUUGAUCUAACACCUCCAAAAAAAAAAAAAAAAAUCCAAGGAAAAGGCAGAUUGUAUUUUUACACAACUUAAAGCUGGCAUGAUUAAAAUGAAGGCUUCUCAUCACUGUUUAACCUUAACUUGCAGCAUGGUGCAGGUACUGUAAUGCAGCUAAGGUACAGUACGUUGUGUUCUUAAUAGCAUAAGGGAAGAAUCUGGCAUUAUUACCCUCCUUGUUGUGAUGGGGAAAAGUUCUCUCCAAAAGCAUUUGGCUGCACAGGGAGCACUUAGGUAAUGCAAGAAUGAAGACAGUUUACUGUUAUCUAACGCACUGUGUGUGCAUUGGAAGUUCCCAGUAAACCCAAACCUGAAAUGAGCACAACUGAGCUGUCAGUAAAAGUGUAUUAGAAGCUGACUGAAUGGCACUAGACAGAAGGCCAAGGCCAAGGCCCCUAGACUGGCAUUAAGCACUGCUAAUGAAGUGGUUCAGAAUAGUUCAGAUGCUCAGGCCCCAGCAGCAGGCUGCAGAGCUUUAGCUUCAGGAGUUGGUCCUGCAGAGAGCUCACAGCAAUCUGGUCAGAGAGCUUCCCCUCCCACACAAGCUGAGCUGUCAAGCAGACUCCUAGCACAGUACUAAAGAACUAAGACUGUCACUCUCAGGUUGCCUCCCACAACCUCCCUCCCUUCCAUUAACAUUCACUGUCUCUCAAAGGCUGACUACAGACCUGACCACCAGCAAGUCAGAUGAGCACAUUAUCCAAGUGCAGGGAGCUGAAGGUACCUCUGUGGAGUGUAGGCGAGUACAGAAGGAGACCAUCUGGCCACACUAAAGGCAGAUUGUGAGAGGAAGCUACAAGCUGAGAGGGGGCUGAGUAACUUGGCUUACAGGGAAGAAUGGGCACUGCAGAAGGGUAGUAUCUUCCAGAGAGGAUUGAGCCAGCGAGGCAGAAAGGAACAGAGUUGGACAGUAAACUACUAAACUAAUUCCCCAGUGCAGUUUGCAGACUUGCUUGGUGCUAAUAGCAGCAAUCGCCUUAGUAUGUUCUCUCCCCUAGGAAAUCUCUCAAAUUCUCCCACAUUCCAGGCACUAGUUAUGCACUACAUGUCUGAACCAAGCCUUCCGCUCUUGGGUUACUGAUGGUCUUCACAUAGAAAGGCUAUUUGACUUUCUCCUUACCCUGCUAUAUUCCUUGUCAAACCCCUGCAAGUCUCCACCCAACCCUAAAUCUGAAUUCAUGGCAUAGGUAAAAGAUAGGACACAGAGGAUGAAAGGCAAGGAUAUAAGGGCUUUCUCAGCUAGAGAGAAGGUAGCAUUAUAGGCAGCUGGAGACAGGACACACUGCAAGCUUUAAGGGGAGUAGCGGGAGCAUACAGAGCAGUAGAAUGGAUCAGCCCACGUGCAGCCUCAUCUUGACUGUGGCACAAGGCUAAAGUGGGAUUGAAUCUACCUCCCCACCUGCUAAGAGUGCCCCACACCACUGUCUAUUCAGGGGUGCAUCCAGGUUACUAAACUACAGACUCUUUACAAAAAAAAGCCACAAUUGCACAUUUUGUCCUCUAGGCCCAGACCUCCCACUAACUUCAAUAUCUGCUCACCAUCCAUGAAAAUGAUGCCUCAUGUGAAACAACUCCCCACCCCAAACAUGAAUUAAAGUCAACAUUUGCUUCUGAAAA